AUGGCGUCGUCAGGUGGAAGGCCUCCUAAGCCUUGGGAAAAAGAAGGGAACAACAACAACACAUCUGGUCCUAAGCCUUUUAGGCCUCCUUCAAAUACUAGUACGGCUGCUUCUGUUGAGGCUUCUGGCACAGCUAAUCCCGGUGAAGUAGUUUCGUCUGUGAAUAGGACUAAUACAGCUGCUAAUGUGAAUGGACUGAGUAGACCUGUUCCUACUAGGCCUUGGGAGCAGCAGAGUUAUGGUGGUUAUGGUUCAAACCUAGGUAUGAACUCUGGUACCUAUGGUUCAGGGUUAGGUGGGUAUGGUUCGUCUUAUGGGGGUGGAAUGUAUGGUGGUAGUGGCGUGUAUAAUAGAGGUGUUUAUGGUGGUGGUGGUGGUGGUCUUUAUGGAAGUUCAGGUAUGUAUGGUGGUGGUGGGAUGUAUAACAGCAGUUUUGGUGGUGGUUAUGGUAUGGGUAUGGGGACAGGAAUGGGUAUGAGUAUGGGAAUGACUCCUUAUGGUGGUCAAGAUCCAAACGACCCUUUUAAUCAACCUCCUUCUCCACCUGGCUUCUGGAUAUCCUUUCUCCGUGUGAUGUCAGGUGCUGUGAAUUUCUUUGGCCGUGUAGCGAUGCUGAUUGAUCAAAACACACAGGCCUUUCAUAUGUUCAUGUCUGCCCUUCUUCAGCUAUUUGAUCGUGGAGGUAUGUUAUAUGGAGAAUUAGCAAGAUUUGUAUUGCGUUUGCUUGGGGUGAGAACAAAACCUAGAAAGAUGCAGCAGCAGCAGCCACAAGGGCCUAAUGGUCUCCCUUUACCUCACCAGCCACAUGGAAACCAGAACUACAUCGAGGGUCCUAAAGCCGCUGCACCAGGUGGUGGUGGUUGGGACAAUGUAUGGGGUAACUAA